UAGCCGGAUUGCCUCGCACUACCAUUCCACAACACGGAUUCAACCCUGGUAGGCUUCCCUAAUCGCCUAUUCCGUAUUAUGAUCUAUGGGCUAAAUGUAUUCGUUCACAGAGUCAGAGGAAUCAACAUGCAGUCUUUGCUUUGCUACCCUUGAACCUGGCUCUAUGUUGCGCCAUUUACCUUGCCAGCAUAGCUUUCAUCAGCCAUGUAUAGACGAAUGGCUUUGCGAGCAUGAUGCGAGUUGUCCUCUCUGUCGCCGGACUUUCUAUCAUUUGAGAAGGCCCUAUAUCAUAGAACACCAGGUCCCGUCUAGGCCACAAACUCAACCUGAUAUGGACGCCGAUGUUCGCGAAGCACGACAGACAUUUAUGAAAUGGUGGAAAGAACUCUUUACAUUAAGCUGGGUCCACCAUGAAAGAACAUUUCCCGAGCGAAAGCAUCACCUUCGUCACCAGACACAGCAUCCGGAUUGAGAGAAUGCGUGGCGAUUUGAACCAGGAAUCCAGUAACCCACGUUAUAAUGGUAUCCCAUUAUCAAAGUUGGAAGGGAAGAUACGAAGAUGUGAUUCGA